UACACCUUCAUCAGUGAUCAACAGAAAGUAAGCAAUCUUUCAACCUAUUUUAACAACUUAUGCAUUCAACUUGUAAUAUACAUUCACACUUGUAUUUUUCAAAUAACAGGGGCUGAUGAAUGCUGUGAGCAAUUAUGCUCCAAGGGCAGAGCAUCGGAAUUGUGCCCGCCACAUCUACAUGAAUUGGAAGAAAGACAAUAAAGGAGCAACUUUGAAGACAAUCUUUUGGAAGGCUGUCAGAGCUACAACCGAACAACAAUACAAGAAGGUUCUUGAGGAGAUGAAGGCUGAGAGUGUUGGAGCUUACCAGAGCUUCAUUGAGAGGGACACUUCGAAAUUCUGUAAGGCCUUUCUAUCUUGCAAACCUUGUUCGGACAUGGUAGACAAUAAUAUAAGUGAGACUUUCAAUGGCUGGAUACUUAGUGCUAGGGGAAAACACUUGAUACACUGUAUGGAAGAGAUCAGGACAGCCCUUAUGAUGAGGCAAGUGAAAAAAUUACAUGAUAUGGCAGUGGUUUCUGAUAGGCUUUGUCCUAUGAUCAACAAAAAACUUGAGAAAAUGAAGUUUCAGUCUAGGAACAUGAACACUAUACCUGCACUUGGGGAUAAGUUUGAGGUAGAUGACGAGGGUGAGAAAUAUGUUGUCAAUAUUCCACAGAGGACAUGUACAUGCAGAGUCUGGGAGCUUACUGGUAUACCUUGCACACAUGGUCUUGCUGCCAUCAAGUACUUGAAUGAUGAUGCAUCUAACUUUGUGCAUGAGUAUUACACAAUUUCCAAGUAUUUGCAGGCUUAUAAAUAUGCAUUGGAGCCACUGAAUGGUCCAUUGCAUUGGCCACAGUGUGAGGGUAGUGUGAUUAAGCCUCCAACAGUGAAGAACAUGCCUGGGCGGCCUAAGAAGAAUAGGAUUAGGGAUCCCCAUGAGGUUGAUCCCAAAAAUCCUAAUAGGCUGAAAAGAAAAGGGCUAGUAAUGACUUGUGGUAACUGUGGUGAGCGUGGUCAUAACACAAGGGGCUGUAAGAAGGAGAAGGUCGAGAAGCCAACAAAAGAAAAGGGAGCAAAGGGGAGGCCUAAGAAGAAUGAGGCUACAACAAAGGACAAGGGGAAGAUGCCUGUGAUAUCCAAGGCAGAGCAAAAGCAGAUUGCCAUGGAGAAGGCAAUUGCAAUGAGGGGUGCUGGACUCUACAUCAGUGAGGGCAGUGGCAACCAAUACUUUAGGACACCUGAUCAAAGGGGUGUCACCCAUACCACCCACGGAGGAGAAUCAGGUGGCAGAGGAAGAGGAAGACCAAGGGGUGGUGCAAGAGGAAGAGCUCGGGGUGGUGCAAGAGGAAGCGCUCGAGGUGGUGCAGCCGGCAGUGUUGCAAGCAAUCUGCCGUCAGGAAGCACAUUGUUGGAAUGCUCAGCUACACAAGAGAGCAUUAACAAGUGAUUGAAGACUACAACAACUUUUGAUUUGCUUUUGAAUCUAGGCUUUUGAAUGUCAGUGUUGGAUAAACAUAAAACUAUUCCACCUUUCUGUACAUUAUAACCUUUUUUUGGCACUUUUGAAUCUGAAAUGAUGAAUGA